UGGUCUAGUCGUUGGGGCAGUUGGCUGCUGUGUUGGUCAUAUCUUGCUUGGAGUUGGGUGGACUAUUGUUCAGAGAUUGUGUAGCUUUCGAUUUCAUCGCGUGCUAUAUUUUCGGCUGUACGUGUUUCCUAUCGGGUUGUGCUUGGAAUUAAUGUGAAAAAAAAAAAAAUUACGCAAAAUUAUUGCAACAGUAGUGAACGGUUUAUCGUUUUUGAGAAAUAUCUAAUUGAAGAAUGUGUCUUUCUUAGCAGUCAAAUGAAGAUAAGAUAAGCAAAUGUCGCAUUUUUGUGCUGUGGUUCCUGAUCUAUCGAAAUUACACGGGUCAAACUUGGCAGUGAAUCAAAAAUAGUGGUGUAUUCAAAAGAUAGCAACGAGUUCAGUGACCACUGCCGACCAAAGAGAACCAGGAAGUGACGAGAGUAGUUUCUUCUUGUGUCUGCACUGUUCUUUGGUACACUUAUUCAGAUCGACGGGCGCACCUGCUGCUGAUGAUGUGAGGCGUUUUUGGCAUUUCGACUAUAUACAACUGCAUGCCUGGAUAUUUUACAUGAGCAAUCGAAGUUGAGCAGUUGAUUUCUUUGUGGAUCAAGAGAGCGGCAAGAGGAAUGAACUGGAAAAGCGUUUCCGAUAAUUAGCACGGUUCGGUGCCGGGAACAACGAACGAAGACGACGACGACGACAAAUGGAAAGAUGUUCAAUGGAGCGGUGAUACUGUUGGGAAUCGUGCACAAAUCAGUUAAAUCGGUUUCACCUGAGGGCAGCUGGAGGUAGGCCCCUCGCAAACGUAAACGAACAAAAAUGAUGACUGAAGAAGAGUUGACUGAAAAGAGGAUCCUAGUGGAGCGUGCAAAUGUUGAACGGGAAGCGAUUUUCAAACGCUACGACGGAGGGAGAAAGAAUAUAGACAUCGAUGCUUGGGAUGAUCCAGCCUUCGAAAUCUACACCCAAGCCGAUCGGUAUGGGUUCCUGCAUCCGGAAAAGGAGCAAACAUAUCGAGACGAUCUGGAGGCAAUUCGCCGGAAACAGAUCGAAGUGGAACGUACGAAAAAAUGGCUCAAGAUGAGGAAGAACUGGACUAGUGCUGAUACAAAGGAAAGGCUCCAGCGAAGGGUGAUGAAAGGCAUUCCAGACCGAUUGCGGGCCGCCAUUUGGAAACUGUUCCUGAAUCUAGACAAAACGUUGGAGGAAAAUGCCGGGGUUUAUGAUAAGAUGCUGAAAUUUGCCCGACAGUACAGUCCCGACAUUCGGCAGAUAGAUUUCGACGUGAAUCGACAGUUUCGUAAUCAUAUCAACUAUCGCGACCGGUACAGUGUGAAACAGCAGAGCUUAUUUAGAGUACUGGCUGCGUAUAGUAUGUACAAUAUGGAGGUCGGUUACUGCCAGGGUAUGUCGACGGUAGCCGGUGUGCUGUUGAUGUAUUUUGAUGAGGAGGAUACGUUUUGGGCGUUGAAUGCAUUGCUAUCGAAUGAACGGUAUGCCAUGCAUGGGUUGUACGUCGAAGGUUUUCCCAAGUUGAUGCGAUUCUUGCAACACCAUGACAAAAUCUUGACGAAAUGUAUGCCAAAAGUGAAGAAGCAUUUGGACAAACAUGGAGUAGAUUCCGUGCUGUACUCGCUGAAGUGGUUCUUCGUUAUCUUCAUAGAGAGGAUACCGUUUAGCCUAUGUUUGCGAGUAUGGGACAUCUACAUGCUGUACGGCGAGCGUGUGCUGACGGCGAUGGCCUUCACCAUCCUGAAAAUCCACAAAGUAAAAAUACUUCGAAUGAAGGACAUGGAUCAGAUAACCGAGUUCCUGCAGACAACUCUGUACAAAAAUUUCGGCUACGACGACGAUACUGUGAUAAAGACCCUGCAGCUGGCAAUGUUCGAUCUGAAGAAACUAAAUCUGGACAAGCUACCGCCUCCUCCUGUGAGCGAAUUUCCAAAGGUUCCAUUCGGGCAGUUUAUCGAGCCCAGCCUGGAAGCAAAGAUCGGCCACCGGAACGAAAAGUUCACCGAGAGGGAAACGGAAUUGAAGGAAACGGUGCUGUAUCGAAGCGAGUCGAAAAAUGACGAGGACGAUGAUAAUGCCGGAGAAAAUGGCCAUCGUGAUGAAAACGGUGACGACGAUGACCGAACCGAGCGUGAUUGUGAUGAUAUCACCGAGGAGGACGAUGCAUACAGUAAUCUCAAUACAGACUACGACGAUGGUAGCAUAACGAAAACUUCGCUAACCGGAACGUCGGUUACCUCAACCAACGAUGUUAGUAUUACUUCCUACGAGCGUACCUGUGAUAUCUUCCGUUUACAGCAGAAUGGUAGCACGGCCGCAAUUUUGGGCAGUGCCGGGUUGGACGACAGUAUUAGCAUCCUAUCGUUACAAACGAUGGAUGGAAUAGGUGACCUGCAGCGGUCCAGCGAGCAGCAAAUUCCAGUGGCAGCAAAUGGAGACAUUCCCAUCAUUAAUGGCGUUGAAGAAGACGACGGAGAUGACGACGACGAAGUCACGGAGAAGCAGCUCUCUUUUUAAUGCCACUGUUCACAGUAGAACCGAAGGUUGUAACGACAAUCAACCGUCCACUGAUCAGAGGAAAUAUGGACACUGCCAACAAAAAGCCUCAUACUUUUUUUCCGAGAAAAAUAGAAUAUCAAUCCUGUAGGAUUUGCAUAAGCAAAGAACGGAAAAUAAACAGCAAUAACUUUUACUCCUCCAUGCAACGGUUGCGAGUAUUUUUGAAAACUCGCUCAAUCGUACCUAGUUGAAAUGUAGGUUUACUUGUUUUAUCAAGCACAAAUGGAAUGUGAAGGUUCGUUUGUCUUUUCUGUAGCAGACAUUUGUGAAUUGUAUGGUUAAGAUUUUACACUGAUAGGUGGUUUUGUUCCGGAUAGGUAGGUACAACUGUGUUGUGGUUUGUUUUUUGAACGUGAAUGCUAAUCUGCUAUCUGAAGGGAAUAAAUAAAUGAUACUUAAUAACGAUGUGCAUGGCUAA